AUAUUAAAAUCUUGCUCGCUACAAAUUAAUGUGCAUCGUCUGCGUGUUCUCUGCAUCUCUCCGUUCGCAAUCUCUCCACGUAUCUCCCUCUCUCUCUCUCUCUCUCUCUCUCUCUCUCCCUCUCUAAUCCUCUUCCUCAAAUCGGUCGGAAGCGAGAAGAUGCUGUCGGCGAUCACGGCCCUGGGCCUCUUCUACCCUCCGCCGCCUUCGAUCUUCCUCACGGCGAUGUCCGCAAUCACCUGCACCUCCCUCGCCUUCAUCGGCGUCUCCGAGGUGCGGGGCAAGCACCUUAGCUACUCCAAGUUCUGGAGCGCGAACAAACCCGGAGGCGGCGGCGCCGAUCCGGUCCGCAUCUCCAGCCGCGCCGGGAUGCUCUUCUUCUACACGCCCGCGCUGCUCGCCUCCGCCGCCGCCUUCGCCGUCCCAAGCCUCAUGGCCGACGAGAGGGGCCUCUUGGUCGCGCUCGCCCUCCUGCUUCAUUUCCUCAAGAGGGAUUUCGAGGUACUAUUCGUUCACCAAUUCAGCGGGGCCAUCGUGCUGGACUCGGCCAUUUCGAUAUCCUUCAGCUAUUUCAUCAACACCGUUUGCAUCCUGUACGCUCAGUAUCUGGCCGUGGGCGCGCCCGAACCAGCAGUGAACCUCAAGUACCCUGGCGCGGUCGUGUUCGCUGUCGGAAUGCUCGGCAACUUGUACCAUCACAUCCUCCUCUCGAAGCUGAGAAAGAAGGGAGACAAAGGCUACAAGAUCCCUGAGGGUGGGCUGUUUGGCUUGGUCAUCUGCCCGCACUAUCUCUUUGAAAUAAUCAUUUGGGUUGGGGUUGCACUCAUGGCGCAGACUCUGAAUGCCGCCUCCUUCGUGCUUGGUUCGGCGUUCUACUUGAUGGGCAGGAGUUGGGCAACGAAGAGAUGGUAUGUCUCCAAGUUUGAGAGCUUUCCUAAAGGAAUCAAGGCACUGCUGCCUUACAUUUACUGAUCGAUCGGAAAUUACAUUGACGAGUUUGUUUCGA